AUGAAAUUGCGCAGUCAGCGAGUGAUCGGAGGUCCCUUUGAUGAACCUUUUGAGACGGAAUGCUCCGUAUCAUCCUCUUCGACAUCAAGCUCGAGCUACCGGAGACGAAGAGGCAAUAAGAAAGGCUCGACCAUUCAGUUCAAGAACUUGAAUGAUGCUGAUGAUGCCAACGCUGAUGAUGCCUCCAAACGUUAUCACCAAGUUCCGGAACUCCGGCGUGCAGGUUCUUCUACAGUUUCCACCUCGGAAUCCUCCUCCUUGCUGUAUAUCGAUGACGAUGAUGAUGAUGAUUACGAUGCAUCCACCAUUCUGUCCGAUACCCUCCCGGAACUGACUUCUGCGGGAGGUGUCUUUUAUCGAACCAUUUUGACCCAAUUCGAAGCCGUUUUCAUGAAUUUCUAUUGGAACGGCCUUCCCUGGGAGGGAUAUCAAUGCCGUUCUUGGAAGGCUGGUCUCACGGGCGCCUUUUUUUGCCUCCCCAUGUUCUUUUGCCGUUCCAACCGGUACGAACAAGCCUGGUGGAUAUUGCAAGCUCUCACAUCGGUCAUGGCAGAUUACUAUUACAUUCAUACACGAUCGGCAUGGCAUGGGGUUGAUCGAAUUGUGGCGCAGUUGUCGUUGUUGGGACUAGUGGCAAGAGCCUACUUUUUUGUCAGACUUUGGUCGGUCGCCUUGUUGGUGAGUUUGCCAGUCUCCUGCUUUACGCUAGCGACUAGAGCCAAGGAUCACAAUGACAUUUCCAGAUGGCAUUGGUGUCAUAUGCUCUGGCAUAUUGUGGCACCCAUCGGAUGUAUGACUGGGGUUUACCUAUCCUACAAUUGUCCAAAUGGAACUGUGCAAUACUCGCCACUUGACAAUUUUUGCUUGGACACAUCGGCAUCGACGGCGGAAGCGGCCACUUGGUUUGGACUACUCGCCGUCUAA